UUAUAUAGGUCACACAGAAAUAAGGGUUGAUAACGUAGUACUCAUAACAAGAUUUCUAGCUCAUCAACUACAUCCUAGCAAUUGUUUGGGAAUAGCAGUUUUUGCAGAGCAUCAAGCAAUUUCAAGUUUGUUGCAAGAAGCUAAUGCUUAUACCAGUCAACAUUUCAUGCAAGUGAUACGAAAUCAGGAGUUCCUUCAGCUCAAUGUCGACCAAAUGGCAACACUAUUGAACAAUGAUGAUUUAAAUGUGACCUGUGAGGAACACAUCUUCCAGGCAUUGAUGAGCUGGAUUCAGUAUGAUACAGAUUCUAGGCGUCAGCACAUCGGCCACUUGCUGGGUUUCGUGAAACUACCUUUGUUAAAUCCAGCAUUUUUGACAGACCAAGUUGAACCAGUUUGUGAAGGUGACCUCACAUGCCAAAAACUAAUAAUGGAGGCGAUGAAGUGGCACCUCUUGCCAGAACGUCGCCUUCAGCUGGCCAGCUCAAGAACGAGACCUCGAAAAGCAACUCUGGGCAAACUCUUCGUGGUAGGAGGCAUGGAUAAAAACAAGGGAGCGACUACUAUCGAAAGCUACGACCCUAGAUGCGACGCUUGGGCAGUGGCGCAUCAUAUGAACGGGAGAAGGUUGCAGUUCGGUAUAGCAUUAAUGGGAGAUAAAUUACUCAUCGUAGGAGGUAGGGACGGUUUGAAAACGUUAAAUAGCAUGGAGUGUUUAGAUAUGGAGAGCGGUUCUUGGACACAACUUGCUGCCAUGAAUACUCACAGACAUGGUUUGGGAGUUGCUGUUUUAGGUGGAACUUUAUAUGCGGUGGGAGGACAUGAUGGUUGGAGUUAUCUUAACACAGUCGAACGGUGGGACCCAGUGGCCCGUAACUGGCGAUACGUGACGCCAAUGCAAAACCAACGUUGUUCAGCUGGUAUAGCAGUCUUGGGUGGAAAACUGUAUGCGGUAGGAGGUCGAGACGGAGCAUCUUGUCUCAGAACGGUCGAAAGUUACGAUCCACAUACCGAUAAAUGGACCAUGGUGUCUUCGUUGACAAGAAGGAGAGGUGGGGUAGGUGUAGCUGUCGUUAACGGGUAUCUGUACGCUAUGGGAGGACAAGACGCUCCAGCCAAUAAUCCGGCAGCUUCUAGAUUCGAUUGUGUGGAGAGAUAUGACCCGAAAACCGAUACGUGGACAACGGUAGCCUCACUUUCGAGCAAGAGAGACGCAGUGGCGGCAUGUCGCUUCGGCGACAAACUUUACGCAAUCGGAGGAUACGACGGUAGUCAUUAUCUUCACACCGUAGAGCAAUAUGAUCCGAACGCUAACGAAUGGAACACCCUGUCUCCGUUAAUCACCGGACGUGCUGGAGCGUGUGUUAUUGCAAUCAGUAACAGUGUACAAAAUAGCGCAUGA